UUGAGCAUUUGAUUUUGAAAAGUGACAUUGUGAUAUCAGGUUUAUUGACUUGAGGGUUUGUGUCGACUGCUAGAUAUAUUUAUCAUGUCAUCAAAAGAGUGUUUAGAAGACAAAGGAUCAGAAGAAAUUGUGGAAAUGUAUUGCGAAUUAUGCAAAAAGAAAGCUAAAAAUCGCAGCGCCGGCGGAUAUUGUGUGGAUUGUGUACGGUAUUUUUGUGAAAAAUGUUUGAAUUACCAUACAGAGUUUUUACCAGAUCAUGUGCACAAGGACAAGACAAAUAUGCCCCAAGACGUAUGCUUUAACCUGUGCCCUGGUCACGAAGAAGAGAUUAUCAAAUUCUACUGCUCCAGUUGUAACACGUUCUUUUGUUCUCUUUGCAAGAAGAACAGCCACAAAGAUUGUACUGAUGUAAAUCAUUUACCUGAGCUGGUAAAGCAACUGGAAAAGGGACAAAAGUUUUCUACAUUUAAACGCGAUUUAGAGGCACUUGUUGAUGAAACAUCUAGUAUGGGUGUUUUUCUAGCUAGUGAGAAGAAAUCUGCAGAGGUGAUUUCUGAAACAGCACUGUCAAAAAUAGAGUUGCUAAGAGAACAGAUAUUGAAAUGGGUAGAAACAAGGAUACAGAAAAUUAAAUCAGAUGUGAAAGCAAUAAAGGACAAAGACAUGACAGUGAUACAAGAUAACUCGUCAAGACUGUCAGUGAUAAUGUCACAUACAUCAGCUAUACAGUCUGAUAUAGAACAGAAAUUAAAAGACGCCAAACGAUGCGAACUGUUCAUGACAAUGAAGAGUGCACAGAACAAGGGGAAAAUGUUUGAAGACGAAUUGAGGCGGAUGAAAGAACACCAUGUGAGCAUUUACGAGUUUGAAUCCGUUGCAGAUAUCGAACACAUCUUACAAACAUCUGUGCAGUUAGGGAAAAUUGUAUUCAAACAACCCGAAGAUACCAGUAUCUCAAAAUGUUUGGUCCAGGAGAAAGCACUAGAGGUGUAUGUAGAACUAAAUGCGACAGAGGAAGAAAGGAAUACACAGUUUGAUAGAAGUCACUUCUAUACUCUGUUAGACAGAAAUCAAAACACAAUUAAUAUACAAGUCAGUCUACCUUCGCUAGCUGAGGUAUCUGACUACAAAAGACACUCAUGUGCUCGUGAAAAUUCUCCGCUGGGUCAGGACUCGGCAGUUGAAAGUGGCGUUAACAGUUCAGCAAAUAGUGUUGAUAACGGAAGUGAAAUGUGCAAUCAUGAAAGACGUACAUACAGAUCAAGAGAAAAUCUGACAGACCGUCUAUCAGUGUUUGUGGAUAAAAGAAUCACGCUGGGAUGUUUCAAAGCAGAACUUGAACAGUAUGUAGGAGUGUCUGCAGAUAACUUUAAGGUGUACAGAGUAUACUCCAACAAUCAAGAAUUUGAGAGUAUACGACUCACAGAGACACUGUCAUUCUUAGAGGAUGGGAGGAUUAAUAUCAAACUAGGUAGAGCUUUGAAGAAUGGAGAAUACAGGGUUAAAGUGUUCCAGUUACUAGUCAAUGAAACAGAGCCGUCCAAGUUUUUACUGGAUACAAUAUUUGCACGAGGGAUGAAAGUGUUAGACUCGAAGAAGAUUAUUCUUCCUGAGAUAAAAUUAAAACACAACCUGGAUGUUCCUCUUGACAGAUGUCGAUUGAGAAAGAAGACGUGGAAGAAUCCUGGCACUAUUUAUGUAGAUAAACAGGUGUAUGAGGAAGAAAUACCAAUCUAUCCUAACUGGGAAGUAUUCCUCGAGAUCCUCGACGGUCCAGAACAGAUGUUGUCGUCUGCCCAGCUGGCAGUGUAUUUGAGAAGGUGGUAUCCAUCUAAGUACGAGCUUGGACCAUUUGAGGAGGUUGUAAUUACUGAACAGACAGUAGAAGAACUUAGGAAGAAGAUUUCAGAAUUACAUGGAAUAAACACUGAAGAUAUCGAAAUGGCAAAGGGUCGGGGGACAUUUCCAUAUGAUGUAUCUGUAAUGGAGAUACAUACAGACUUAGACUGGAACCCUCCAGUGCAGGCUCUAGGAAUGUGGCCGUUGUAUAUAUGUGAUGAUGGCUGUCUCGUGUACUAUAGGGACAGCAAGGAAAAACUGGCCGAACUAAGUGAUGACAUGAAGAAAGAAAUCGAAACGAAGGAAAAUACCAGAUUGUCCAAGUCUGCACAACGAGUCACUUACAGUCCCAGAAAGGAAAGAGCCCUUAAAAUAUACACAGAAGAACCUGUACCUAGUAACAAUCUGUCUGCGUCAAAUGCUUCCCCAGAUCUCGACUAAAUCCAGACCUGUUUGUUGUUCUUUUGGUUCAAAUGCCUAUGUGGAGCAGUUUGCAGGAUUUCCCAGUAUAAGAUAUAAGGUCACAUAGCAGUAAACCAGUCAGAAAACUUCAACAUCUGAUUGGUUGUUCAAGUUUGAAAUCGACAAAUGGCAUAGUGAUACUGGUCUUUAAAGUUGGGUUUGUAAAGUUUGAGCUUGAAAUGUGUCAUUUCUUUCUCUUUAGUGAAGUAUAGGUGACUGUAAGGAAUGUAGCAGGAAACGUUUACAACUAAAGAAUUUAAGAAUACAUGAUGUAUGUUCACUGUAUCUCAGUUACUACUAAAUGGAUUUGAUUUAAACUUAAAAUAGAUGUUCCACCACAUCACUCACAUCAUGUGACACAAGGUGCAUAACUCAGACACCAUUUUUGUUUGAGUUAUGUCCCCUUUUUCUUAGAAUUUAAGGUUAAUUUUGAUGUAUUUUCACUAUAUCUCAUUCUGAUUGGCUUAGAGCUAAAGGGAGGUAAUCUUUUUUUAAUUAACUUUUGUACUGAGUUUGUUCCCCUUAAAUUCCAGGAAUUAGUCUAUUUUAGAAAUCCUAUUUUUAGAUUUUCAAUAUUUUUGGUAUUUUUCUAACUUUCUUAUUAUCAGUCCUAUGUAGAAAGUAAAUACAUUUUUCUGCGGUAACAUGGGUCGGUAAGACUUUUUUUUGUACCUCUAAUAUUAGAGAUUUUUUAUAUUUACCUCAUCCCUCAUCCAGGGCACAUAAUUAUACUAGUAUUACUUAUAUGUGGAAGCCCAGGAUGAAGUACUCCAAAGACGAGUAAAUUUCUUUUUAAGUAUUAAGCUUUUUUGACAUUUUUAUAUUAUUCUAAGUAUUUUUAUGAUUACUUAUGGUUGCCAUUCUUCUGUGACAAGACCGUAUGGUGGGGGUAUGAGUCACUCCUGUGACAGUUCUAGUUAUUUCAGCUGUCAGAUAAAAGGGAAACAAACUGCAUUUAAUUUGCUAAUAGAGGUGAUAACUAAACAAAUUUACCAAAGGUGUAAAGGUAUUUUCAUAUACUAAAACAAUAUUGAUGUUAUGAAAUAUUCCAGGUUUUGCAUUAAAUGGAAAAAACCCACAUUUUUAAUGAAUUUUUAUUGAAACUGAAAAACUGAAACUGAAACUGCUUUAUUUGAUUAAACGCCUAAUUUUACACAGUAUAUUCACUGGCGCUGUGCAUUAAAUUAAAAAAGAAAAAUCAUGAUAAAUUAUAUACAUAAUGGUAUCAAACAAUGAAACACGACAUAUUUGACAAAAUUUCUGUACAGUGCAAAUUACAACGUUGCGUAUAAAGCAUACGUCGAUCACACUACAUAGCAGAGUAUACUCAGCGUCUCUACUAAAUUCAGUCCACCAACAGAGAAAUAAUCAGAACCAUGAUUCAAAGCUUUUAAAAAACAGUGUUUUGAGCUUUUUCUUAAAAGUGUCUACCGAAUCAGAAUUUCUCACUUCUACUGGUAGUUUGUUCCAUAGUGUCGGCCCUACAGUUUGAAAA